UUCCCCAAGGUGCGGCAGAAAAGAAGCAGAGAACGGAUUUUUGUCUAUGCGAAUGACCGUACACGAUAUUCCACCUUUCCGGGUAAAAGCUAAUAUUUAGAUGUAAACAUUGUCAAUGCUACGUACGUUGGGCAUGUAUUAGGUUCUUCGAGUGGCGACAUCGAAACAGACUCAAAGCAACAUAUUUUUGCCCUCCACCGGAAAAGCGACGUAUCUAACUAACGUUGGGUGCUAAUGCUAGGAGAGUUAGCAGUUCCCGCUGAAACCAAGACCAGACUACUUUGAUAUUUGAGCAGAAAAACCACGAUGGCUGACGCCGACAAGCUCAACAUAGACAGCAUAAUUCAACGUCUUCUCGAAGUGAGAGGAGCAAAACCUGGUAAGAACGUUCAACUGCAGGAGAAUGAGAUUCGUGGAUUGUGCCUGAAAUCCAGGGAAUACUUCCUGAGUCAACCCAUUCUUCUCGAGCUUGAGGCCCCUCUCAAGAUCUGUGGUGACAUCCAUGGGCAAUACUAUGAUUUGCUGAGGCUGUUUGAGUAUGGGGGCUUCCCUCCAGAAAGCAACUACCUGUUUUUGGGAGACUAUGUGGACAGGGGGAAGCAAUCCCUGGAAACCAUCUGUCUUCUGCUUGCCUACAAAAUCAAAUACCCUGAGAACUUCUUCCUGUUGCGGGGGAACCAUGAGUGUGCUUCAAUCAACAGGAUAUAUGGCUUUUAUGAUGAGUGUAAAAGGAGGUACAACAUCAAGCUCUGGAAGACUUUUACAGACUGUUUUAACUGCCUCCCAAUUGCUGCCAUUGUAGAUGAGAAGAUCUUUUGCUGUCACGGAGGACUUUCUCCUGACCUGCAGUCCAUGGAGCAGAUCAGACGAAUCAUGCGCCCCACUGAUGUCCCUGACCAGGGCCUGCUCUGUGAUUUGCUCUGGUCUGAUCCAGACAAAGAUGUGUUGGGCUGGGGGGAGAAUGACCGGGGUGUAUCAUUUACCUUUGGCUCAGAGGUGGUGGCCAAGUUUCUCCAUAAGCAUGACCUGGAUCUGAUCUGUCGUGCCCAUCAGGUUGUUGAGGAUGGCUAUGAGUUUUUUGCAAAAAGGCAGCUUGUCACUCUGUUCUCUGCACCUAAUUAUUGUGGGGAGUUUGACAAUGCUGGCGCAAUGAUGAGUGUGGAUGAGACUCUCAUGUGUUCUUUUCAGAUUUUGAAACCUGCUGAGAAGAAGAAGCCCAAUGGCAGCCGUCCGGUCACUCCUCCUCGCAAUAUGGUCACCAAGCAAGCAAAGAAAUAAAGGGUGGGCUGGGCGUGAGGCGGUCAAUACUGUUCUUCUUUUGUCCUUUGCAUUUGAGGGAUUGGUUAACCUUAAUGUUGCCAGUACUGAAAAGAAUUCCACUCGCACCCUAUGAAAGCAAAAUAUGUUUUGUCCACAGGGGUAAAUUGAUAUGUCACCAUGAAAACCUCAGGUGUUUUGCACUCCAUUUUGCAGCUACUCUUUGCCACAUAUGACUGUUCAGUCAUUUAAAAAAAAAUUAACAAUAAUGCUACAUAUGCACAGGAAUGCCUUGUUUAUAGCUGUGCACAAUUGUAGCAGGUUUUUUUUUUUUUUUUUUUUUCUUUUCUUUCCAGUAAUGGCUAUUACUGGCCACAAAUAAUAGAGACACAGUCACAAACACCACUUUACUGUUAAACUAUUCAAAUUCUAUUUACAGUCAGUGUCUUGGAACAUUGACUCAUUGUAUCACCUCUUCACAUUUUUAUUCAAGUCUUGUGCUAAUUGCAAUUACUAAACAAGCUCUUUUAAUGUUGAAAUCUUUCUAAUAAACAUUGACUGUACUUAAGGGGAUAUUGAGGUGAAUAUAAUUUUGUUUUUUUUAACACCUCAGCUUUUUUGUGUCAUUACCGUUGCUAUCACACCGCAAUUGUAGAAUGCGUCAACACUGUACAAAACGCAAAAUAAAGUAUGGAUGAAUUUUAAAUCUGAUUGGUUCAAGAAAGAGUACCAUUGCUAAUAAUUGUAUAGUUUGGGUUGCAUCCGCCAGCACGACUGAUUCCGAAAACCCUGGGCAGGUUAGAUUGACAUGGCAACACAUAAACCGUGUGUGAAACUCAAGGCCUGUGGGCCAGAUCUGGCCUGCCGCAUUUUUUUGUUUUUUGUGGCUCUAACCAUGAUUCUUGCUAAAAUAUGUACAAACAUUUCAAAUCGUCAUAUGUAAUUAAUAAUGAUAUAUUCAAGCAUUUGGGGGGGGGGGGGGGUUGUUAACUUAAAGUAAAUUGAAAAAAUGAUCCUUGACUUCUGAUUUCAAAACGAGUUAUCCAUCAAUUUUCUGUAUCUACAGUAUGAAAUAAUAUGAGAUGAUUAAACAUUUUUAUGGUUUAACAGUCACAACAGCCCUCUGAGGGAAAUGGUAACAACAACGAAAAAGUGACAACACUGAUUGGGCAAAAUAAAAAAAAAACAUCUGCAACACUAUUGAAAGCAGUGCAGCCAAGACAAUGGAAUGAACAGAAUAGACAGUUGGGAAUAUCCAUCCAUUUUCCAAGUCGCUUAUCCUCACAAGUGUCGCGGGAGUGCUGGAGCCUAU